AUGGUACUGGCAGCGAGGCCUCGACACCACCUGGCUCUCCACAGGCUGAACGUGCUGGUACUGCAGCAGUAACUUCCGAACCAAGUGGAGUGGAAGCUCUGAAGAGACGUGCUUCUCUAGCCAAUCUGUACAGAGGUCCAGGAGGAGUUGAACUUGGCAAGGACGUUCUCAAUAACAUCACAACAUUCAGACGAAAGCAAAAGAAGGGUACAAUUGAUGUAUGGUGGCUUUAUGAUGAUGGUGGUUUGACUCUCCUGCUGCCUUACAUCCUCACAACAAGAUCACAGUGGUCUAACUGCAACCUGCGUGUCUUUGCUUUGGCCAACCGUAAAGAUGAACUUGACAUGGAACAGAGAAGCAUGGCAAACCUGCUGGCCAAGUUCCGUAUUGACUACAGUGAUGUGAUUGUCAUUCCUGAUGUUGCCAAGAAGGCAGCUGAAUCUUCUAGAAUGGAGUUUGACCAGUUGAUUGAAGACUUCAAAGCCAAGAGCAAUGUUGAAAUUGACAAGGAAAAUGAAGGUGUUGUGAUCAGUGAAGCAGAACUUCUUGGUCAGCGAGAGAAGACUAAUCGCCAUGUGCGCUUGCGUGAACUCCUCCUCGAGAACUCUAGAGAUGCUUCUCUUGUCGUGAUGACCUUACCCAUGCCCCGCAAGAACUCUGUUUCCGCACCAUUGUACAUGGCUUGGUUGGAAACACUGACUCGCGACAUGCCACCGUUCCUCCUCAUACGUGGCAACCAGACCUCAGUGCUUACCUUCUAUUCUUAGGAAAAAAGACAAAAAGGAUUCUGUGUUUUGUACAUGCAGUGUGGAAUAGACAAGUUUUUUAGAUCUUUAAGCUAUUGUGUUUUCUUUUUGUUAUGAAACAAAGAAAGAGGAGAAUAGCGUGCACAAUGUAUAGGUGAUGUUUAAAGAUUUUUUUUUUUUUCUUCUUAAGGAAAAACCAUUAUUGAUUCAUGCCAGAUGUAGAAUAUAUGUGCAUCUUGUCUAUGAAUUAUUUUUUAAGACUAUCAUUCCACAGUUUGGAACUUGAAAGAAGUUUGGAGAGUUUUAUCAAUCAAAAUCUGAUUAUUGUCCUUAUACCAAGCAAUAACAAUUAAAUGUCAAUAGGUUGUUCAAAAUAAAUUUAUUCUGUAAUUUACCUCAUCAUACACAAAGUAGGUAUAAUAUUCUUUAUCCUACAUAUCUAUAGGUUGGCAUGUAUAUGUGCCAAUUGCUGUUUUACGUAACCUAUUUUAUUUAUUUUGCCAUUAUCCUUACAGUAUUUACCAACAGUUGUAGAGAUUUUGUGUGUAAAAUUUAUACUUGAUAUAUUAUAAUAAUUUAAUGUCAUGAUGGUUCCACAUUUUUUAAUACUUUUUACGUUACCUUUUAUUUCAUAUUGUGUAAUUCAUUUAUAGUCAUAUUAAUAUGGUGUAAACUGUCAGUAAAGUGAUAUCUUUUCCAUAGGUUUUCUCCAUGGAAUUUAUUUUAUCUUUACAUGUACAUCUUCCUUUGCAGUAAUUUUUUUCAAUGAUUAUUUAUGCUUAGUGAUAUUUGUAUGUGACUUAUGGCAGAAUCAGUAAUGCAUUUACACCUACAUUAAUAUCUACGACUACAGAAUCUUCAUUUAGCUUGUCUCGGUAUUUCAAAACAUUUGGGUUUUUAUAUCUUGGAGUUUUUAGUUUUAGUAUAAAGUUUUGUAUCAUUCCAUGUUCAGUACAUUAGUGUGUUAAAGUUAUGGUUAAAGUGAUUUUCCCCAUUUAUAUACUCAAAAGUGAAUGUAUAGUGCUUGUAGUUCCUGACAUAUAUAUAAUUAAAUUUAGGUUUAAUAAGGGAAUAAUGGGAUUUUUACAUCAUAUAAUAAACUUUUAAAACCAUCUUUUUAUAAAGUUUUUAUUUUAUUUUAUUUUUUUAUUUGUUUGAGGUCAGUUGCUGAGUAGGAAAACAAUUUAAAGAUGCUGAAUAGGCAAAAUUUGCAUCUGUUAUGUCUCAUAUUUGACUAUCUCUUUUUUUUUCACAUUCAUUCCUCAUAAUGAAGAGUUUAGUCAUGUUUUAUACAUUCCAGAGUGGUUACCUACCAAUAUAUAAUAUAAUCAGACCAUUAACUACUGUAAAUGUUUAAAGAAGUCCCUUUAUUUCCAUUCGAUAUCUAGCUCAUCAAAUAUUUUAUGUAUAAAAUGAUUAGGAAAGAUGGCUAUCAUUUUUGUUAAUGUUUUUUAGUUGCUAAAUAUUAGGAAAUAAACAGAUGAAUUAAUAUUCAAAUAGGACAAAGUGUGAAUGGAAAAGGUAAAGAAUCAAAUAACUAGAUUUUUUAUCUUGAUAGUAAUUAAUUUUGCAUAUUGUCCCGGUGCCUUUUGACUGUGAUUUUUGUAAAACUUUUUUUUUUUUUUUUUUUUUCUUAUAUUAUUAAUUGUCAGAUUCAUUCGACUUGCUCGGCAUCGAAAUGAAUAAUUUAGGAAAACCCAAAAGCAAUCCACUUAUGGAAUGUUUGUAAAUAGAAUAAUUAUGGCACUAAAAGAUGAGAAUAUUUUGUGAUAAAUCUGACAAUAUUAAAAAAUGAAAUUGUAAGUAAGCAAUGCUAUAUUAAAUGCCCCAUUUUGGGGGAUAAUGUACAUAUGGAAAAUGCACAACAAUUAGUUGUAUUUAUUGAGUGGAUUAUACGAUUAUAUGCAAUGCUUGGAAACUUGCUGAGGUUUGUGUGGCAGAGCAAUUUUUUUUUUACCUUGAAGUAAAAUCUUAUUAAAGGUAAAGAUGAAAUUUUUGUCUCAUAUUUCACAAGGAAUUUGACCUCUGAGAAGUAUGUUUAUAAUUAGAAUUGAAAUAAAACUAUGCUGUUCACAUUAGUCAUUGCACUAAUGUUACAAGGAUGCACAAGAACUGCAAAGCUCAAAUGUAUUUACAGAAUGUCUGAUUAUAAAAUGGCAAGUUUCAGAAAAAUUAUGUUUAUAGCACUCUGGUAAUGUAUAUGUAAAAUAGUUCUUAAACAACACUGAACAAGAUUUUUGUAAUAUUUGCAUUUGAUGGGUAUAAGUUGUUGGUAUUAAACUAACAUGUUACAUAAAUUUUAUUUUUGAAAAAAUAAAAUUUUACUCUGGUA